AAUUUCCAAAAUCCCUGAUGGAUCUCAGCCUUCGUUUAAUGCGAAGUCAUUUAAUGCUAUUGGUAACAACUUCCGAAAGUUUUCACUUUUUGUUAUAAUUAUGGAGCCUGAGAGAAAUAUAUGUGUCAUUGGUAGCCUCAACGUUGACCUUGUUGCAACUGCAACCAAAAUUCCCGUGAAAGGAGAAACCAUACUCGCUAGUUCGUUUGCCAUCCGCUAUGGUGGCAAGGGAGCCAAUCAAGCUGUUGCUUGUAGUAGGCUUGGCAUUCAGACUAACUUGGUGGCUAAGAUUGGAGAUGAUGAUUAUGGUCGUCAAGCUAUGGAGAAAUUGGCAGAGUACUCGGUAAAUACAAGUACUGUUAUCAAAGAGGAACUUGAAUCUACUGGACUGGCCCUGAUCGUUGUUGAAGAAGAAACUGGAGAGAAUGUUAUAACUGUUGUUUCUGGGGCCAAUGCUCGAUUGUCUUCGGAAGAUGUGUUACGACAUGAGGAAGCCAUUGUAUCUUGUUCUAUUUGUUUGUUACAACUGGAAAUCCCUUUAGACACCGUCAAGAAAACAAUUGAAAUUGCAAAACGAAACCAGAUCAAGGUUAUUCUGAACCCUGCACCUUUUCAGUUGCUAAAUGAUGAAAUACUGUAUGGAAUCGACAUUCUAGUACCCAACGUGUUAGAGUUAGAAAUCUUGUUGGGUUUACAUAUUCCUGAUAGUACAUGGUAUUCGAAUGACGAUAGUGAAACUGCGGUAAUAUUUGGUCUUGUGGAUAGACUACAGCGAAAGUUUCAGAACUUGGCUUUGGUCAUUACGCUUGGCAAACGUGGAUGCAUUGUUUGUCCACAUAUGGAAAACAAACAUUUGAAUGCAUUUCUUAUAGAGCCUUACAUAUCAACACAUCAUACAGUGGACACUACUGGAGCUGGUGACUGUUUUUGUGGGGCUCUUGCAGUAGGAUUAAUGGAAUAUGGUAAUCUUUUGGAAGCAGCUCGGUUUGCCAACAUUGCGGCCGGAAUAUCGGUGACAAGACAAGGCACGCAAGAAUCGUAUCCUUCUAGGGAACAAGUUGAAUAUCUGUUGAAGGACAAUCAGGUUGCAAGGAUCCAAAAGCUUAACCAUAUCAAGGAAUGAAACAAAUUGUGAAAUUGCCAUAGUAAUAAUCAUAGUUAAAGUUAUAAUAUUUACGCUAUAAGUUUCCUAUAGA